AUGGGCAUGGAAUCUUUGAGAUUUCUUCACGUUUUCUUCUUCCUCGAGCUGAUUCUCCAUUGCCAUUGUGGAACAUCUCUCUCAGGCUCUUCUGAUGUGAAGCUUCUCAUGGGAAAGAUCAAAACUUCACUCCAAGGGAACACUGAGAGUUUACUGUUGUCUUCUUGGAACUCGUCUGUUCCAAUCUGUCAAUGGAGAGGGGUAAAGUGGGUAUUUUCAGACGGGUCUCCUCUUCAAUGCAGCGACCUCUCUUCACCGCAACGGACCAACGUCUCUCUCUUCAACGACUCUUCACUUCACCUUCUCUCUCUCCAGCUCCCAUCUGCUAAUCUCACCGGCUCGCUCCCUAGAGAGCUUGGUGAGUUCUCUAUGCUUCAAAGCGUGUUCCUCAACAUCAAUUCCUUGACCGGAUCAAUCCCACUUGAGCUUGGUUACACUUCUUCUCUCUCUGAUGUUGAUUUGAGUGGUAAUGCCCUAACUGGGGUUUUACCUCCAUCGAUUUGGAACCUCUGUGAUAAGCUAGUCUCCCUCAAGAUUCAUGGUAACUCCUUGUUUGGGGAUUUGCCUGAGCCUGCUUUGCCAAAUUCAUCUUGCAGCAAUCUCCAAGUUCUUGAUUUGGGUGGGAAUAAGUUCUCAGGCGAGUUCCCUGAGUUUGUAACCAGGUUUAAGGGUCUGAAAUCACUUGAUCUUUCAAGUAAUGUCCUUGAAGGUCUUGUUCCUGAGGGUUUAGCUGUAUUACAACUAGAAAGUCUCAAUCUUUCUCACAAUAACUUCAGUGGGAUGUUGCCAAGUUUUGGUGAGUCGAAGUUUGGUGCAGAAUCAUUCCAAGGGAACAAUCCUAGUCUCUGUGGUGUGCCUUUGAAGCCCUGUCUAGGCUCCUCUGGUUUGAGUCCUGGUGCUGUUGCUGGUCUAGUGAUUGGUUUAAUGUCAGGAGCUGUUGUUGUGGCCUCGUUGUUGAUUGGGUAUCUGCAGAACAAGAAAAGAAAGAGUAGUAUAGAGAGUGAAGAUGAUUUGGAAGAAGGCGAUGAAGAAGAUGAGAUCGACGGUGGCGGCGGCGGUGAAGGGAAGCUGAUUGUGUUCCAAGGUGGUGAGAAUCUGACGUUGGAGGAGGUUUUGAAUGCGACCGGUCAGGUUAUGGAGAAGACGAGCUACGGUACAGUCUAUAAGGCAAAGCUUAGUGAUGGAGGGAACAUUGCAUUGAGGCUGUUGAGAGAAGGUACUUGUAAAGAUAGAAGCUCUUGCUUGCCUGUUAUAAAGCAGUUGGGACGCAUUCGGCAAGAGAAUUUGGUUCCUUUGAGAGCUUUCUAUCAGGGAAAGAGAGGAGAGAAGCUUCUCAUCUAUGACUAUAUCCCCAACAUUAGCUUACAUGAUUUGUUGCACGAGAGUAAACCAGGAAAGCCACCUCUGAAUUGGGCGAGGAGGCACAAGAUUGCACUUGGGAUAGCGAGAGGGCUUGCUUAUCUUCACACAGGGCAAGAAGUUCCUAUCAUCCACGGCAAUAUCAGAUCAAAGAACGUGCUAGUGGACGACUUCUUCUUCGCUAGGCUCACUGAGUUCGGACUUGACAAGAUCAUGGUACAGGCGGUAGCAGACGAGAUCGUCUCGCAGGCGAAAUCCGACGGGUACAAAGCGCCUGAGCUACACAAGAUGAAGAAAUGCAACCCGAGGAGCGAUGUCUACGCGUUUGGGAUCCUUCUCUUGGAGAUACUGAUGGGCAAGAAGCCAGGGAAGAGUGGAAGGAACGGUAACGAGUUUGUUGAUCUGCCUUCUUUGGUUAAAGCCGCGGUGUUGGAAGAGACGACGAUGGAGGUUUUCGACUUGGAGGCUAUGAAAGGGAUCAGGAGCCCGAUGGAGGAAGGUUUGGUUCAUGCGUUGAAGCUAGCUAUGGGAUGUUGUGCUCCUGUUACAACGGUUAGACCCACCAUGGAAGAGGUUGUGAAGCAGCUGGAGGAGAACAGACCGAGGAAUCGUUCCGCGUUGUACAGCCCGACUGAAACCAGGAGCGAUGCUGAAACUCCGUUUUAA